AUGAGCUCAAUCCUCAACAAUAGCAAGCUUUCGGUUCUACAGCGAAGGAAAACGCUGGCUGAAGUCAACCAUUCCUCCGUACAGGAGAACGAGUCUCCGCCGAAAAGACGUCGCCGCAGUGAUACUCAGCUAUCCGAAUUGUACAUGAGUCAUCUGAGAGACGCGAGUCAACUCCGAGUCGUAGCGGAGCGCAUGAGUUGGCUAAAGCUCGCGCCUCUCAUAAUGCCGGAGUAUCCGGUCGACUUCGAAUACAUUUUCAAAAACUGGGGUAUGGAAAUUGUAUCCAAACUCGGUGAAGGAUCUUUUUCCGAAGUGUAUCGGGUGCGGACGAGAUUCAACGGUGAAAAUGACUUCGAUGUUUUCAAACUUAUCCCUGUCGGGCAACCCGGGCAGCCUGCUUUCGAUCACAUGCUCCCUGAGAUGAGCAUGUGUCUCGCGGGCCGAUGCCUUCUCGAAAGUCCGCGCCACCGGGCGCCGUCCUUCCUCAGUCUACGAGGUACCCACCUUGUGCAGGGCCAGCAGACUGAAGACAUGAUCUACGCAUACGAAGCGUUCCGUCGGAAGUGUCCGCAGGAGACAGAGCAGCCGCACCCUCUCGAUAGACCGAAGAAUCAAUUUUACGUAGUCUUCUAUACUUCGUACGAUGGGUGUGAGUUGGAAACGGAACUACCGAAGCUUUCCGGAGACAUACGAGCAUCGAUAGUCCUCCAGGUCACCUACGCCCUGGCGGCUGCAGAGCAGUCGUUUGAGUUCGAGCACCGAGAUCUUCACUUGAGUAAUGUUGUGCUCAAGGACUGCGACGAGAGCGAUUUAGAAUUUCGAAUCAGCGGGAAUCGCUUCAGAAUCAAGUCUUUCGGGAAACGAGCAGCCGUCAUUGACUACGGCAUGUGCCGUCUGGUCGUAGACGAAGCUCUCCACUCAACGUUUGAGCCGGAAAUCCUCGUCGGUCCGGGUAUGCAGCGGUGGACAUAUCGCGAGCAGCAUCGAAUGCUCGGCGGCAAUUAUGAAAAUCGAUGCUUAGAAACUAACGGUUUAUGGAUUCGAUUUAUCAUACGAAAGUUGUUCAAAAAGAGACCUAUCAGCGCGAAGGUUUUUUAUGCAGCGCAGAUCAAUCGUCUUUACUCGGAGCUCUGUGAAAACCACUUAAGCGCUCGGAGAUGCGUCGAGAUUUUAGAAAAUUGUGAAUUAAAUCAGACGCUAUCGAUCUAA